UUUCUGUUUCUACAUUUUUUUCAAAAUGGAUUCGGAACGCAGUUUUACAGUAAAGCUCAGCGUUAAUGUGGGGCCAGUGCGCACCCUCGAGUCGUUCAUCAUGUAUCGCAUAGGCAACAGUAAGGAAAAUGAAUUUUUCGUUGACCACCAGAACAUGGCAGCACUGCAUGCUUAUGCCUAUAAGAUGCAAAAUGGAGUGACACGAAUGGUUGCAAUCCAUGGCCUGAUUAAAGUCAAUGGCAUGAAUGUAUUUCAGAUGAAUAUCGGCCCGGAGGAUGCGGAUGUGAAUGGAUAUGUAGUUCUGCAGAUCGGGAAGGUUUUUGCAUUGAUGCAGAUCACGGAAGAUCCACCAAAUGGGUCCUUGAUGCAGCCCAGUUACUACUCUUUUGAGGAGAAAAUGGAUGACUUGCUGCACAUUUGGGGAGAUUUCGAUUUGUAAGAGGAUUUAGCAAGGUUAAAUAUCAAUAAUCGUUAAGUAUUGAUCGAUUUUUAUCGAUUAUUGGUAUAUAUUAAGCACAUAUCAAAUGAAACCUAGCAAUAAUCGAUUAACACUCCACAAAUUACAAAAGAUAUUUCAAUAAACGAUAAAUAAUCAAUUAAUUAGCCACAU